UCUGAUUGGCUGUCAACGUUUUUAUCGUUUAUCAGUUGGAAAAAAGUCAUUCUGGAAGUGAUUCCAGCGAUAUUGCUCAUCUUUGUCGUUAUAUUUUAGUUAUGGUGUAGAAUCCGCUAUUCUUUUAAAUUUAGACCGAUAUUUAAAACGUUAUCUUUAUCAUUAUAUUUACCGUCUUCGUUGUGAACGCUGUGACUGAAUCGCUCGUACAAUUCCCUCGCGACAGAAUCGUUCAAUAACAACCAAACAAGCCCUGGAAGAAGUGGAUGUUCACCGACAAUCCAGUGAAAAAACCUGUAAAUAUGAUGAUGAAGAAGGCUUAAGUUCAACACCUGAAAGACUCGUCGGACGCUGCAGGCUGUAGGGAUGUUCAAGGGCGUUCAACCACAUGCUGGCGAUUUGAGCCGACUUGAGCAACAGGAACUGUUGACGAUGCAACAAAGGUUGCAGGAGUGGCACCUGGUGCUUUAGCCCAUCUGCUUCAAGGUUCAACCUGUAAAAAAAGAUGGACGAAGCACCUUUACUCUCUUCCACUAUUGAAAAGUGAAGCCGCCAAUGUUCCAAUAUGGCGCUGACAUCUUGGAACCUGAUUCUGCACAGUAUUGAGCGAGAGAGGAGGCGUGGUAUCAAGGUCCUGCCCACACUCCCGCAGAAUAGCAGGUCACUCUUUGAGAGGAAGCGCUGGACUCCAGGCAUGUGACAGCCGCUGAGGUGGAGGUGGCCGGUGAAAGAUGACUUUACUGGCAGGGGAUGGUUCGGAUUAUGACUACAGCGCUUUAAGUUGCACCUCGGACACCUCUCUGAACGCUCCACCCAUCCAGGAGCAAGAGGCCCUAAAGGGCGUUUAUUAUAAACGAGCGCAACGACUGCCUCCGACCGACCCCAACAUCACCGAUGCGCUCCAUCCCGACGACAACGGAAACCUGCCGUCCUGCGGCCAGCGGCUGCAUGUCAUCAUUAACGUGGGCGGCCUCCGGUACCAGCUUCCGUGGACCACGCUGGAGGACUUCCCGCUCUCGCGCCUGGGCCAGCUGCGCCUGUGCAGCAGCUUUGACGAGAUCAUGCGGGUGUGCGACGACUACGACGUGGUCCACAACGAGUUCUUCUUCGACCGCAGUCCCUGCGCCUUCCGGACCAUCCUCACCUUCCUGCGCGCCGGGAAGCUGCGCUCUCUGCGUGAGAUGUGCGCCCUGUCCUUCCAAGAGGAGCUGCUCUACUGGGGCGUCCCGGAGGAAAGCUUGGAAUGGUGCUGCCGGCGACGCCUCCUGCAGCGCGUGGAGGAGUGCGAUGAGCUAGAGCGGGUGGCGGAGGAGGACGAGGACGACGAGGAUGACAGCGAAAGCGGUUUGGCCGGGGAGUCUCGUCUUGCCCGCUGCAUGGGAAAACUAAGAGACAUGGUAGAGAAGCCUCACUCCGGCCUGCCGGGGAAGAUCUUCGCCUGCCUGUCGGUCCUGUUUGUCACCAUAACAGCCAUCAACCUGUCCAUAAGCACCAUGCCUGCUAUGAGAGAGGAGGAGGAGACUGGGAAAUGCUCUCAGAUGUGCUACAACAUCUUCAUAGUGGAGACGGUGUGUGUGGCCUGGUUCUCGCUGGAGUUCACGCUGCGCUUCAUCCAAGACCGCAGCAAGUUGGCCUUCCUCCGGCGACCGCUCAACCUGAUCGAUGUCAUAGCAAUCCUGCCCUACUACAUCACGCUGGUGGUGGACAGCACCUCCACGGGGGAGAAACGCUUGGGCUCGGGCAGCAGUUACUUGGACAAAGUGGGCCUUGUGCUGAGGGUGCUGCGGGCGUUGCGCAUCCUCUAUGUGAUGCGGCUGGCGCGGCACUCACUCGGACUCCAGACGCUCGGGCUGACGGCGCGCAGGUGUACGCGGGAGUUUGGUCUGCUCCUCCUCUUCCUCUGCGUCGCCAUUGCGCUUUUUUCCCCGCUCGUCUACCUGAUCGAGAACGAGGCGGCGGCCACGCGAGAGUUCAGUAGCAUUCCCGCCACCUACUGGUGGGCAGUGAUCACAAUGACGACAGUGGGUUAUGGCGACAUGGUGCCGCGCAGCAUCCCCGGACAGGUGGUGGCGCUCAGCAGCAUCCUCAGCGGGAUCCUGCUCAUGGCGUUCCCCGUCACCUCCAUCUUCCACACGUUCUCGCGCUCCUACGUGGAGCUCAAACAGGAGCAGCAGCGGCUGCUGCAGCGGAGGACUCACUUCCUGCUGCGCAGCCGCAUUGCGGGGCUGGGCAGCAACCUGUCGUUGGAGAGCGACGUGCUCUUCCCUAGCGUCUCGUCUGACCACAGAAACCGAGAGGAGUAAAAGUGCUGGACGUGGAAUAAAAAGCUUUUUUUUUUAAAUGUUGUUUUACAUAUUGUCCAUCAACUAUCCAUUCAAAGACUUUUAGGGUGCUCAGUCGUGAACGUUCCAGCAGAAUUGACUUCCAAGUUUAAGUUAAACAUAUCUGAACCAUUCUGACCUCACUAAUCAAGGUCUUUGGGUUUAUUUGAAAAUGAAUGGCUUGAAUCUUAAUGGAAUAGUUCACCCAAAAAAUGAUAUUCUGUCAUCAUUUAUUCACCUUCAUGACAUUCCAAACCUUCUUCUGUAGAACACGAGAAGAUCAUUUUUAAUAAUACAUUAGUUGCCCUAUUCAAUUAUGAUGAACUUUCAUGCCUUUCACAAUUUUAUGUCAAGUCACCUUUAUUUAUAUAGCGCUUUAUUCAAAUCAGCUUUACAGUGAUGAACAAGAAAAUAAUGGGUUGCACUUUAUUUUACAGUACGUGCACUUGUGUGUACUUACAGUGUACUUACCUA